AUGUCUGCUUGUGGCACCAAGCCCUUCCCCCUUCUGUUCUGUGACACCAAGCCCCUCCCCCUUAUGUGCUGUGACACCAAGCCCCUCCCCUUAUGUGCUGUGACACCAAGCCCCUCCCCCGUUAUGUGCUGUGACACCAAGCCCCUCCCCCUUAUGUGCUGUGACACCAAGCCCCUCCCCCGUAUGUGCUGUGACACCAAGCCCCUCCCCCUUAUGUGCUGUGACACCAAGCCCUCCCCCUUAUGUGCUGUGACACCAAGCCCCUCCCCCUUAUGUGCUGUGACACCAAGCCCCUCCCCUUAUGUGCUGUGACACCAAGCCCCUCCCCCUUAUGUGCUGUGACACCAAGCCCCUCCCCCGUAUGUGCUGUGACACCAAGCCCCUCCCCCUUAUGUGCUGUGACACCAAGCCCCUCCCCCUUAUGUGCUGUGACACCAAGCCCCUCCCCCGUAUGUGCUGUGACACCAAGCCCCUCCCCCUUAGUGCUGUGACACCAAGCCCCUCCCCCUUAUGUGCUGUGACACCAAGCCCCUCCCCCGUAUGUGCUGUGACACCAAGCCCCUCCCCCUUAUGUGCUGUGACACCAAGCCCCUCCCCCUUAUGUGCUGUGACACAAGCCCCUCCCCCCUUAUGUGCUGUGACACCAAGCCCCUCCCCCUAUGUGCUGUGA